CUGGAGCCCCUUUGCUACCAUUGCUCUUCAUAACUAUGAACAUGGCCUUCAACAUUUCUGUUCUAAAUCUGGUGAAGAUGUCAUUUGGGUUUUGUCCUUGCUGGUUGUGUCUUCUUAUAAAAUGUUUUAUUUCACCUUGUCUUAAUGGUUUUAGGUACUAGAUCACAUUGGCGAUGCAGGAUUGAAGGUUGUAGCCUCUUGUUGCCUGGAGCUGCAAGAGUUGAGGGUAUUCCUGCAAAUGCAGAUGUGUUAGCAAGCACUGAUGUGACAGAGGAAGGGCUGGUUGCAGUAUCUUCAGGCUGUCGGAAGCUAAGCUCCGUUCUCUAUUCCUGCAGCCGAAUGACUAAUUCUGCUCUGAUUACGGUGGCAAAGAAUUGCUCGCGAAUCACGUCCUUCAGACUGCGGAUCUGCCUGCAUGGGUGAGUAGAUGCGGUGAUAGGCCAGCCACUGGACGAGGGUUUCGGGGCAAUCGUCCGGUCAUGCAAGGGCCUCAUGCGUCUAUCUAUGUCCGGCCUUCUCACGGACAGCGUGUUCCUGUACAUCGGCAUGUACGCGGAGAGGCUGGAGACGCUCUCUGUCGCGUUUGCAGGAGAUAGUGAUGAUGGCAUGAUCUACGUGCUCAACGGCUGCAAGAAUCUGAGGAAGCUGGAGAUGAGGAACUGCUCAUUUGGCGACACGGCGCUUCUUGCAGGCAUGCACAGGUACGAGGCGAUGGGCUCUAUCUGGAUGUCAUCGUGCGACAUCACCCUGGGUGGUUGCAGGUCCCUCGCGGCAACCAUGCCAAACCUCAACGUCGAGGUCGUCAGCCAGGCGGAUGGAGGCGCUUGUGAUGCAAAGAAGGUGGAAAAGCUGUAUAUCUACAGGACACUCGCCGGGCCGAGGGGUGAUGCCCCUGGAUUCGUCUCGGCACUGUAAAUUACAUCUACUCUCUACUACUCCAUGUCCUACUCUGAAGCGGGCACCACCUCUGUAAAUUUUGGUUUGUCUUCUGAACUGCAAAUCUUUGCCGCGAGUGUAGCUAACACGGCAUAAUGUAUGGAUCUGGUGUAUUCUAAGUUUUAUUUAUGUGGUUUUCAUAUAUUAGUAGCAAA